ACUUUCCUGUUUUCUUCGCGCACUGCCUCCUCGAUAUACAGUUCCGUUCGCUUGGUUGCCUGUCAACGCAGGGCCUCAUUUUCUCAUGUCAUUCCUCGCCAUGGCGACCGACGUCCAAGACCGGGAUGUGGCCGGCCGCAAGAGAUCUCAUGAUGACUUUCUCACCCAAGAUUCCUGCGGGGCUGCCUUCGGGGAGUCAGAGGACUGCAAGGCCGAUCAUUCGUUGAGCGACAAGGAAAACAACGUUCAAUGUGCUCCUUAUGGGCCUUUGGCUUCCCCUAAAGCAAAGUCGAGCUCAAGUUUAAGCGAGCCACCAUCCAGUCCGCUGAACCCCAACUCGCCCUCCCCCAUACCGAGCCCAGCACCCCCCGCACCGUCAACUGGUUCAGCACAGCCUAGCUCAACGACCGGGAACCCUACAGCUCAAAAACUGGCCGGCGAGCCGCCAAAGAAAAAGAGGCUGACCGCGGAAGAGAAAGCGGCUAGGGAGGCCGAGAAGCGCAAGCGGGAUGAGGAAAGGGAGAGAAAGAGGCGAGAGAAGGAAGAGGCUGACAAGCUCAAGGCCCAACAAAAGGCGGCCAAGGCCGAAGAAAGAGCUGCCAAGGCUGCCGACAGGGCAGAGAAGGAACAAGAAAAAAGACAGCGCGCGGAGGAGAGAGAGCGGAAGAGGCGCGAAAAGGAAGAGGAGGAGCUCAGAAAGGCGCGCAGCCAAAUGAAGCUCACCAGCAUGUUCCGGACAACGACCGUCUCGAAAAAGGAGCCCGCUGCUUCCAAUUCCGACCAAUCACAGGCGAUCGGGGCGACGGCGAAGGGCGGAAGCAAGGAGAUGUCCCUUUACGACCAGAUGUUCAAGCCCUUCUUUGUCAAGAAACAUGUCCGCAUGGCAAGUCAACUUCCAGAGCUGGACGAAGAGACCAGAGAAGCGAAGACCAGGAUCCUGGACGAGUAUCUCCUGGGCGACCGCCAACAUCCGAUCACAACCUUCAAACCGCUGGAAGCACUUCAAAUCCCGUACAAAGUUCGCCGUGGGCGUGUCUAUCCCAGUGUCAGGAAGAUCAUGGCCGAGUUUGAAGGGCUGUCCUCCAAUGCCGCCGGCGACAUCAGCAAGGAAUCCCAGAGCGCGCAGACUAAGCACGCCCUUGAGGCCCUGAAGUCUGUACCGUUGAAGGUGAUUCAAUUCAGGGAAGACGUGAGGCCACCGUAUGUUGGAACCAUCAGCGGUCUGCCACCUGGUGUAACGAGUCUCCAAAAAUUGGCGCGGAAGCCUGUCUCCAGAAUCCUUCCGCUGGACUACGAAUAUGAUUCGGAGGCAGAGUGGCAAGAGGAGGAGGGCGAGGAUGUGGACGACCUGGACGAUGACGAGGAGGAGGUCGACAUGGACGAAGACAUGGACGACUUCUUGGACGACUCUGAAGACGUCGGUCCUUCGAGGAUGGUUUUCACCGGCGGGAUGGAGCCGGAGAGCAUAGGACCUUCCUGGGAGGACAAGAACCGCACUGCGACGGAGCCGGAGCUGUGUAAAUACCGGUUGGAAUUCGUCCUGCAAUCUCUGGAGCACGACCACAGCAUAGACCCCUUCUCAACCGCGUACUGGGAGACGUCCAAGACGAAGGCCAACGGCAACGCGCCACCGACCGGGUCCACAUCCGGCACGACCGCCUCCAAUCCAUCAAGUGGUGCCCAGGACAACGCGCGUGGUAAACCAAUGGCACCCCCGCCCGCACCAUCAGAUGCAUUUCAGGCUCUCAAUUCGGGGGCUUCUGCUGCGGCCCCCGCAGGCAACAAGAAGUCGCAGCACCCGCUGCCACCCGACAUGCAGCAGAAACUGAAAGACCUUGUCCGCUCCAUGCCAACGCUCAGCAAGAUUGGUGUGAUUGAGCUCUUUGCGGCGAGCAACCCGGGAUGCCCGAAAGGUCAGAUCAAGACAUCGUUCGACGCGCUGUUUGAAAAGGACGGUAAAAUUUUCAAGGUCAAGGGGGAGUAGAGUACCUCGGGGGUAUGGGAUACCAGUUGUGAGCGGGACUGUUUGCUCCGGGGCGUUUCAAGACUAUCUGCCGUGGGCGUUGUUCACGGUGGUUGGCGUUUGGCGUUUAGUCGGCUGUCGAGGGUAGCGGUAUCUGCUAUGCCCGGCGGGAGGGCAUCUUGUCAUCCCCACGAGGAAGGGAGGGGUUCAUCCAUCAAUCAGAUGUAGAUUCUUGAGGGGCCUUUGCUGCGUUGGCCUGGGUAUCUGGUAUUGACAAUUUGGCGGAUGU